AUGGGAGGUAAAUUUAAAUUUUCAAUUGAUCGAGGUGGUACUUUUACAGACAUUUAUGCUAAAUGUCCAAAUGGAAAAGUUCAUGUUAUGAAACUUUUAUCAGUUGAUCCAAUCAAUUAUUCAGAUGCCCCGCGUGAAGGCAUAAGGAGAAUAUUAGAAACAGAAACUGGAAAAAGUAUGCCACAAAGUGAGCCAAUUGAUAGUAGUUAUAUAGAAUGGAUACGGAUGGGUACAACUGUUGCAACAAAUGCUCUUCUAGAACGAAAAGGUGAACGUAUGGCUUUGUUGAUAACUCGUGGUUUCAAAGACUUAUUACAUAUUGGCAAUCAAGCUCGUCCAAAAAUAUUUGAUUUAGAAAUUGUAACACCAGAUGUAUUAUAUGAAGAAGUUAUGGAAAUAGAUUGCAGAGUAAUUAAUUUAAAUUGUGAAAAAUGUGAUCAACCAACUCCAAUUUGGAAAGAUAAGCCAAUUGUCCGAGGUGUCACUGGUGAAGAUAUACUAAUUUUAAAACAAAUAGAUGAAACUUCACUAAAAAAUGACUUAAUUUUAUUAAGAUCUAAAGGAAUUAAUAGUAUUGCUGUUGCUCUAAUGCAUUCUUACACUUAUAAUGAACAUGAGCGUACUGUUGGUAGAAUAGCUAAAGAAGUUGGUUUUGAACAUGUAUCUUUAUCCCAUGAAGUAAUGCCUAUGGUAAAAAUUGUACCACGAGGGUAUACAGCUUGUGCAGAUGCUUAUUUGACUCCACAUAUAAAAAAAUAUAUUGAAGGAUUUGCUUCAGGAUUUAAAAAUAACUUAAAAGAUGUUAAUAUAUUAUUUAUGCAAAGUGAUGGUGGACUAACGCCAAUGAACAGUUUCAAUGGUUCAAGAGCUAUUUUAUCUGGUCCAGCGGGUGGUGUGGUUGGAUACACAGCAACUACUCCUUAUAAGCCUGUUAUAGGCUUUGACAUGGGUGGUACAUCAACUGAUGUUAGUCGCUAUGAUGGAACAUUUGAGCAUGUUUUUGAAUCAAUAACUGCUGGUGUUACAAUUCAAGCUCCUCAACUAGAUAUAAAUACUGUUGCAGCUGGUGGCGGUAGCAGAUUAUUUUUUAGAUCAGGAUUAUUUAUUGUUGGACCCGAAAGUGCUGGGGCUCAUCCAGGACCAACAUGUUAUAGAAAAGGAGGUCCAUUAACUGUUACUGAUGCUAAUCUAGUUCUUGGUAGACUAUUACCUGAAUACUUUCCUUCAAUAUUUGGUAAAACUGAAAACAUGCCAUUAAAUAAAGAAGCAUCCUUAAAAGAAUUUGAAGCCUUGACUAAUGAAGUUAACAACUUUGUAAGACUUCAAUCUGGAAGUUCAAAUCUAAUGACCCUUGAAGAAGUUGCAAUGGGAUUCAUAAGAGUUGCAAAUGAAUCAAUGUGUCGUCCAAUUAGAGCUCUAACUCAGGCAAGAGGAUAUGAUACUAGACAGCAUACACUAGCUUGUUUUGGAGGAGCUGGUGGACAGCAUGCUUGUGCUAUUGCACGUUCCUUAGGAAUUGGUCGUGUUGUUAUUCAUAAAUAUGCUGGCAUUCUGUCUGCCUAUGGUAUGGCAUGUGCUGAUGUUGUUCAUGAGGUUCAAGAGCCUUGUGCAUUAACAUAUGACAUUGAAAACUUUGAAUAUUUAAACGAACGAAUCAUUAUGUUGAGUUCAAAAUGUAUUGAUGAACUUAAAAAACAAGGAUUCUCAGAUAAUCAACUACACACUGAACCAUUUUUACAUUUAAGAUAUGAAGGUACAGAUUGUGCUCUUAUGUGUUCAGCCAGUUAUGAUGGCACAGUUAAUUCCAGCUUAGUUCAUGGAGAUUUUUUAAAUGGAUUUCUUACAAGAUACCAAAAAGAAUUUGGAUUCAUACUAUCUGGGCGUAAAAUAUAUGUUGAUGAUAUACGUAUAAGAGGCAUUGGUAAAACAUUGUUAAAUAUUGACAACGAAGAAGUUAAAACUGAUGAACCUCCACAAAUUGAAUCAGUCAAACAAAUAUAUUUUGAAAACAUGGGUUAUAUCGAUUGUAAUAUUUAUCUAUUUAGCAAGCUAAAUAUAGGGCAUUUAAUAAAUGGCCCAGCAGUAAUAAUGGACAAAUUGAGUACAAUAUUAGUCGAGCCUAAGUGCAAAGCCAUAAUAAGUAAAUCUGGCGAUAUUGAAAUUGAAGUUAAUUGUGAUGAGCUUACUAAAAUUGGGAUUGAACUUGAACCAAUUCAAUUAAGUAUUUUUUCUCAUAGAUUCAUGAGUAUUGCUGAACAAAUGGGAAGAAUACUUCAGAGAACGUCAAUAUCUACUAACAUUAAAGAGCGUUUAGAUUUUUCAUGUGCAUUAUUUGGCCCAGAUGGUGGAUUAGUAUCAAAUGCACCUCACAUUCCUGUACAUCUAGGUGCUAUGCAAGAAGCUGUUCAAUAUCAAAUUAAAUCAAUUGGCAAUGAGAUCAAAGAAGGUGAUGUAAUUCUCAGCAAUCAUCCAAAAGCAGGUGGCUCUCAUUUGCCUGAUUUGACUGUCAUAACACCUGUAUUUUAUCCUGGACAAUUAAAACCUGUCUUUUAUGCUGCAAGUCGGGGACACCAUGCAGAUAUUGGGGGUAUAACACCAGGAUCAAUGCCACCACAUUCUAAAUCAUUGUCAGAAGAAGGAGCCCAGUUUAAAAGUUUCUUCUUAGUUCGCAGUGGACGUUUCUGUGAGAAAGAAGUUACCGAUGCUCUUAUGGCUCCUGCAUUAUUACCUGGAUCUUCUGGCACUAGAAACCUCAAGGAUAAUUUAUCAGAUUUGAAAGCACAAAUUGCAGCGAAUCAAAAAGGUAUUUACUUGGUGACUGAACUCAUAAAUUCUUAUGGAUUAGAUGUUGUUCAAGCAUACAUGGACCAUAUACAAAAAAAUGCAGAAAUUUCAGUUAGAGACAUGUUGAAAAACAUUGGUAAUGCUAAUUAUUCAGCUUGUGGAUUGAAAACAUUGGAAUCAGUUGAUUAUUUAGAUGACGGAUCCACUAUAAAACUUUCAGUUCAAAUAAAUGUACAAAAUGGAGAAGCUAUAUUUGAUUUUAGUGGAACUAGUUAUGAAGUUUGGGGAAAUUGUAAUGCCCCAAAAGCUAUUACAUUGUCAGCAUUAAUAUAUUGCUUAAGAAGUAUGAUUGGUUACGAUAUACCAUUAAAUCAAGGUUGCCUGAAACCCAUCACAGCAAUUAUUCCUUCUGGAACUAUACUUGAUCCAUCAGAGAAUGCUGCUGUGGUUGGUGGUAAUGUAUUAACUUCGCAACGUGUUGUCGAUGUUGUGUUGAAAGCAUUUGGUGCUGCUGCAGAUAGUCAAGGUUGCAUGAAUAACAUAACAUUUGGUCAAGAUGAUUGGGGUUACUAUGAAACUGUUGCUGGUGGUGCAGGAGCUGGUCCUACGUGGAUUGGUCGUAGUGGAGUUCACACUCACAUGACAAAUACUCGUAUAACAGAUCCUGAAAUAUUAGAAAAACGUUAUCCUGUGUUUUUAACUACAUUUACAUUACGUGAAAACUCUGGGGGAACCGGAAAAUAUCAUGGUGGCGAUGGAGUUGUGAGAGAAUUACAAUUUAGAUCUCCCGUAACUUUGUCAAUACUAACAGAAAGGCGAUCUUUUGCUCCUAAUGGAAUCAAAGGAGGUGAAAAUGGGAAAAAAGGCGAAAAUCUAUUAAAAAAACACGAUGGCAGAAAAAUUAGACUAGGUGCUAAAACUGCAGUCAACAUUGAUCCCGGUGACACAUUUUUGUUAUUGACUCCUGGUGGUGGUGGAUAUGGAUCGUCAUCUGAUGAUAACAACACUGUAACAACUGUAAAGAAGCCUAUUUGUUGCUCAACUUUAGAACGAGGAUCUGGGUAUAACUACCGUAUGCUGCAAGAAUCUGUUUAAAAGCAAAACAUUUUAUCUAUUCAUUUAAUUUUUCUAAUUCUAUUUAUAUUUGAUUGGUCUAUAUUCUACUAUAAUCGAUUCAAAUAUAUGUCUUGUCAAAUUGUUUUACUUAUUUGUUCUUACUUUAAAUAAUAAUUCUAUACUUUAUUAUUCUUAAACUUUUAAAUUUAAUAUCAAAACCAUGAUACUUUAUAAAUUAACAUUGUUACCAAAACACUUUUUAAAGCAUCAAAUAUGUAUGAUGGAAUGUGAUACAAUUAAAUGUUAUACUAAUACAAUAAUUAUUAAAUAUGUUUUAUUUUAUAGUUUAUUUUAAUGAUUGUUAACUAUUGUCAAUUGAUGUAAAUUGUUCUAUUCGAUGUGAUAUUAAUUCAUGCUUGUUUUUGUCAUAACCUGAGAUUAUAGUAUAUUUCUACUUUA